AUGAUCAAUGUUUUGGUCGUUACAGGACUGUUCUACCUUCAAUUGAGCGCCGCAGAUUCUGAUGGUCGGUCGCCGUUUUCUUCAUGGCAGGCCAAACUUUCCAACUGGUUGCGCCGUUUAUCAGAUUGCCAGGAGGAAAGGGUGACACUUCACUGCCAUACUGGCUUACCUCCGUUGUGGAAUUGCAGUCCCACUUGCCGGUAUGAUCUACUGGGCGUUCUGGCAAAUGUUUCUUCCGUGGUUUGGGAAGUACAGACUCAUCCGACAGUAUUCUGUUUUAUCUGA